AUGCCCAAGAAGUUCCAAGGUGAAAACACCAAGUCGGCCGCUGCCCGCGCGAGGAAGGCCGAGGCAAAGGCAGCAGCCGAUGCCAAGCGGCAGCAGGAGCUGGAAGAUGCCUACUGGAAGGAUGAAGACAAACACGUGAUGAGGAAGGAACAGAGGAAGGAGGAGAGGGAGAAGCGGCGGCUGGAGCAGCUGGAGCGCAAGAAGGAACUGCAGCGCCUGCUGGAAGAGGAAGACUCGAAGCUCAAGGGGAAGUCACCCAAGCAGGUCACUCCAGGCAAAGUCACCAGGGCCCAGAUCGAGGAGACCAUCAGGAAAGACCAGCAGCAGAAGGAGAAUGCAGACACAGCGGAGAAGGAGAAGACUCACUUGGAGGUCCCCUUGGAGGAGAACAUCAACAGAAGGGUCCUGGAGGAAGGGACGGUGGAGGCCAGGACGAUCGAAGAUGCCAUUGCUGUCCUCAGCGUUGCCAACGACCCGGACCGGCACCCCGAGCGCCGGAUGAAAGCCGCCUUCACGGCCUUCGAAGAGGUCAACCUGCCACGCCUGAAGCAAGAGAACCCCAACAUGCGCCUGUCCCAGCUCAAGCAGCUCCUCAAGAAGGAGUGGAUGAAGUCCCCAGAAAACCCCAUGAACCAGAGGCACAAGGCUUACAACAGCCACAAGUAGAACUAGGGCCGACCGUCCCCCCCCCCCAGCCCCGGACGGCGGGCUGGAGCUCCAGGCCGUGCUCGGGUGAAGCAGGAGGCGCAAGGAACCCCCUCCCCUGCGUUUCCCCUCCCUGCCCUUCCCCCCCUUUCCGUCUCUGUCGUUGGAUUUCAGAUAAGCACGAGGCCGCAGCCCACCUCGGGGUCCCGCUGCCCUCGCUCUGCCGGCCCGCCCCUCGCGCGCUCACCUCCGCGGGCAGCUGGCGCGGAGCCGCCCGGACAGCCUGACGCCGCCUUUGCGCUUCUCAAUUGGGUUCUCGUCUUACAAAAAGCUCCUAACUCGC